CCCAGCCCCGCCGCCGCCGCCACCCCCUGGGCCGGCGGGACCGGCCCCCUCCCGGCGCGGCGGUGCUUCCUCGCCCGCCCUCCCUCUCCGUUACGCGCCGGGGUCCCGCCGGCGCCCGCAUCUCCUUCCUUCUACUCCUGCUGCUGUCGGCGUGGGGGACUCGGCGUGCGUCCCCCGCGUCCCGGCGCAGGCGGGAGGGCGACCGGGACGCCCCGGCCCCGCGUCCCGCCGCGGGAGCGGCGCUGUGCCCCGCCUGCCCCCGCGUUGUUCCCGCUCGGCGCGGCGGUGGCGGCUCCCGCGGCCCCUCCGCCCCGUGCCCGGGGGGCUCCGCGCUCGCUUCGCCGCCCCCCCACCCGCGUUGCCAUGGGUACGGAGCCGCCGUUGGGCGCCGCCGCCGCGGUCCUGCCCCCGGGCCGGGAUGGGACGCGGGCCCGGACAGGAAAAGUAGAUGUCACCAGUAUCUGCAAUUUGGAGUCUGGAUCUCUCCUGAAAAUCACUAAGCCCAAGAAUUGUCAUCUUAGUCUUUGAAAUGGACAAGGAUGUCCUCAUUUUUCAGUUACAUAGAUAUGAACAAUGACCAUAGUUAACAAGCCAAAAUCUUCAAAGUCUAAAAAAUCUUCCUCAAGACGCUCUGACAAAUCUAUGAAACCCCGUACUAAAAAAAUGACGUCUCGCACUGCAAGUUUGGGCCGGGUACCUCCUACAGAAGAUCCAAACAAAGUCUCUGUGGACAAAGGUCCUGGGGGGCAUAUUUAUUGUAGAUCAUCUCAAAAAUCAAAGCCUUUUGCCCAAAGAGAUCUAGUUGUUAAUGAUGGGAUUGCUCCGCCACAAAGAAUUCUUUUUCCACCGGAGAAAAUCUGUAUGGAUUGGCAGCAAACGCAGAGUGUUGGAGUUGGGCUGCAGAACCUCGGCAACACUUGUUUCCUUAAUUCUACUCUCCAGUGUUUGACCUACACGCCUCCUCUUGCCAAUUACAUGCUUUCACUUGAGCACACCAAGUCAUGUCAUGUAGAAGGAUUCUGUAUGAUGUGCACAAUGGAAAGUCACAUCAACCAGGUCCUGUGUUGCUCUAAUAAUGCUAUCAAACCCACAUCUGUUAUCAAUGGCCUUAAAAGAAUAGGAAAACAUUUCCAUUUUGGCAGUCAAGAGGAUGCACAUGAAUUCUUAUGCUUCACUGUUGAUGCUUUACAGAAAGCUUGCUUGAAUGGAAGCACCAAAUUAGACAGAUCUUCUCAAGCCACCACACUUAUUUAUCAAAUAUUUGGAGGAUAUCUAAGAUCUCGAGUAAAGUGCUUGAACUGCAAAGCAGUGUCGGACACGUACGAGCCAUUUCUCGACGUUACUUUGGAUAUAAAGGCAGUUACGUCUGUCACCAGAGCUCUAGAACAAUUUGUGAAACCAGAACAGCUGGAUGGUGAAAACAGCUAUAAAUGUAGCAAGUGUAAAAAGAUGGUUCCAGCAUCAAAGAGAUACACGAUACAUCGCUCUUCCAAUGUUCUCACAAUAUCACUGAAAAGAUUUGCAAAUUUUACAGGUGGAAAGAUCAACAAGGAUGUAAAAUACCCUGAAUAUCUGGAUCUUCGAGCAUAUAUGUCCCAAUCUAUUGGAGAACCCCUCAUCUAUGCUUUGUAUGCAGUUCUUGUACAUAGUGGCUUCAACUGUAAUGCUGGACACUAUCUCUGCUUCAUCAAGGCUGGUAAUGGACUUUGGUACCGAAUGAAUGAUGCCUCAGUAGAGCUUUCAGAUAUCAAAACAGUUCUCAAUCAGCAAGCUUACGUACUUUUCUAUAUCAGGCGCUAUGACCUGACGCUGGGCGAGCGAGCGUUCUACCUGCCCGCGCCCUCCUACCCGCGCUCCUUCCUGGGCCAGCGCGGCGCCGGCAGCAAGCAGCCCGCCUUCAUGGGCCCGCGGCUGCCUCCUCACAUGAUCAAGAGUUCAAGUCGUUUAAAUGGAAAUGGACCCUUGAAAGAGGAUCCCAGUACUGUUGGUGUUGCUGUGAAAAGGCCCAGUUCAGCUCCACCCACAGCUUGUGUUCAGAACUGGGCCAUUUCCAGGCCGCCAAUGGCAGACCCUUCCAAGGCCCAGAAGAUCACCAUCAGUAUUCACAACAAGCUGCCCCCCCGGCAGGCGGUGCCGCAGGCCGAGUGCCCCAGCAGCGCUGUGGAGGAGGAGGAUCUGAAGCCCCUUCCUUCAGCCACAAUCACAAACUCUUCUGCAGCAGAGCCUACCUCAAACCUCUCCACAGUGUCAGUUGCUACUAAUGUCUCCAAGCAGGAGGUUGCUGAUGAAAUCUUUGUUGAGCCAGCAGUGAAUGGAAACCCCAAGCUCUGUUCUGACAGCGUGGUCCCUUACGGUGCAGAGCCUUCAGGAAAACCCGAGGAGUCAAAGGGCUUGUUCAAAAGGCAUUGCAAUGUCAUCUCUUCCAAUGGGAUUCUGAUUGGGAAGGUGGUCCGUACGUUGCAUAAUUCCCAUUCAUCCUGUCAGAAUGCUGAAGAAAGAUCCCAGCAUGAGCUGCCAAAAAUUGAUUCCCUAAAUGGUGCUAUUAGUUUAGAUAAUGAAUAUAAAGAAAAUGGACUGAAACUUGAUGAUUCCACUUGCCAAGUCCAACCCGUUAAACCUUCUGAGAUUUUCUUCUCUAAGGCAAACGGAGUGCUUGAAGCGAUGCCUAAAGCUUUGUCACCAGAUCCUCAAGGUAUCUUAGAAUCUCUUACGUACAGCCAGUUGAACAGCUUGUCAGAGGAAAAGAGUGUCUCUGGACCUCAGAAGUCUUCUGACAAUGAUGGAGUCACAGAUACUGUAGUGAUGGAAGCACUAUUUGCCUAUGAAGAAUCCAGGAAGGUUCCUUCCAACUUUAGCUGUGAGGUUGAGAAACUUUUUACUCAAUCAGAUUCUGAAACCAUUUUUACCAAAGAAGAAGUUGCUGAAAGUAUUAUAACAAAAGCUGAUAAUGCACAUCUCAAUAUCAAUGGUCAGCACAAGGUUAGGAAAAAAUCCUUGGAUACUGAAGGUGAAUUCCUUGGGCAGUGUGAGUCUGAAGACAUCAGAGAUAAAGACAAACUAAGAAGAUCAAAAGAACCUGAACUCAUUUCAAAAGAAAAUCCUUUGUACAUCAAAGGAUCUCCUGAGAGCAAAGAGAAAUUAGGGCAAAUUUCCUCUAUAAAGCCUGACAUUGAAUGUAGUUCUAAAAAACUUGCAUCUCUAGAUAUUCCAGAUAAAUGCCAAGAUACAAAGGACAUUUCUAAUAACUAUGUAGAGGUACCACCCGUUAAUGACUCUUCUAUUACAAAGCUGGAUAAAGUAUUGGAAAGUCAAUUUUCUAGAGCAGACGAGGGACUGAGUAAUAAAACAUGUGAAGAUGAUGAUAAACAUAUGAGAAAAAAUAAGAAAAAAAUCCAUGACUCUAAAAGAACUGACAAAGAGCACUACCGGAGGAAGAGAGAAAGCUCGGACACUGAGGAGAAGGAGAGACAAACCAGAAACAAACCAGAUGAUCAUUCCCACAGGAGGAGGAGCUCUCACAGCAUGGAAACAAACAAGCAAAGCCGUCACAAGCAGGAGCAUUGCAGUGAGAGCAAGUACAGAUCCUCCCACAACGAAAGGAACAGUCCCAGUAACGGCCGGAGCUCAGGAAAAUAUUCUCGCUACAGAUCCCGAAGCAGAGAAAGGACAGACCCAGACAGGAGUAGGUAUUAUUAUUCCAAAGGAGACAGACCCUGGAUUAGAGAAAGAUAUUAUCAAGAUGAACCACGGAGAUGGGACAAAUGCAGGUACUACAAUGAUUAUUAUUCCUCCCAUGGAACAAGGGAUGGUCGGGAGAGGAGGUCCUCUCAUUGUGAUAAAGACUAUGACAAAGUGAGCCAAGCUUACAGCAGGUCACACAAGGAUUAUCACUGCAAAAGCAGAUGGGCUCACAGCACACUCUCCCGAGAGGAGGAUGUGCAUCAUCACUUGAGCAGCCACAGAGCAAACUUCCACCACUGUUCAGUACCUCAGCAGCACUCGGAAAAAUACUCCCGUGAGAGGCACGCGCUUCCAGCAGGCUCAGCUCACUCCAGCUUCGAGGACUCUUCCCGGGAAAACGAAAAAGAAAAACUAAGAAAUGGCAAAAGAAAAUACUCCCACCAAGAAGAAAGUGGAAGUGACGUAGAAAAGAAAUGCCGAAAGACAGAUGACCAAAGAAUCAAAAAGUAUAAGAAGGUCAAGAAGAAAAAGAAGUCCAAAGAUAAACAUCGAGAGAAGGAUUACAAACUUUAUGAUUUGGAUUGCUCUGUGCUCCACUUUGACAAUGACAAUCGCAAACAUAAGAAAAAGAAGAAAAAGAAGAAGCACGACAGGAAACUGAAAGACUUAUUGGAAUAUUUAGAUCCUCGUUUCCAGAAGAAAACAUGGGAGAAGAAGGAAGAAUCCCGUCCUCCAGAUGACCAUUUAUGUGAGCAAUACAGAAACCAGGGCAGUAAACAACCCUACAAGGAAGAGAAGCCUUCUGGUGCAGGUGACAGCAAGAAACACAGCUCCAUGGCAUCCACUGAGUAUGCCAGAGAUGUGGAGCUGACUGAUGAAAGCCUUCAAUACUCAGACUGAACCCACCACCAACCCCAAGGACUUCUGACCACCACCCCCACCAACCCUUCACCUUCAAAACCAACAACUUCUCACCAUCAAAACCAACGACUUCUUACCUUCAACGACUUCUUACCUUCAAACCUGACAUUACCAAUAGUGACCAUCAAAACUUAAGAUUUAUUAUCAAUUACCAUCAAGACAAAAUCCAGUCAUAAGUGGUGCUUAACAUUUCUGUACAGAAUUUUACCAUAUAAGAACUUUUUUUUAGUUUUUAACUUGAGACUUUCUUUUUUAAAAUAUACUUCUAAUCCAAAAGGGUGAAAACUUUUUACAACUGCUGAACAUUGUAAAUUACCACAUAAAUAUCUCACUGAGCUGAGAUAAUGCCCUGGAAUAGACCAUCUCAAAUGCUGCUUAAUUACAGACUCAGGUUGACUUUAUGUUAUUCAUGUAAUGUUACUCCAAGUUAAGACAUCUGGUGCAAGAGCGACCAGGAAUUAUAAAAGUUGCAACUGACAGUCUGUAUAUUUAAUUUAAAGACUUAUUUAAAACUUCACAAGUUUUGCAAGAGCUUCAUUUUUUUUUUCUGUGGUCUGACACUAGAAACUAAUUUACUUCACAUUUGAGUUAUAUUCAAGAUCUGAAGAAAAUCUUCUGGUUUUCGACAUUGUGAAACAACAAAUAUGCAGUUCUGAAUGUAUCUCUCAAGACUAUUUGUAUAUUGUUCCAUAUGUUUUUAUUACAUUUUCUUAAUAUACUGUCAUUUGUCUUAAGUCUCAGUUGUCUGUUUUGUCUCUCUAAAGUGUCUAGUUACAGACAAAUUCAUACUGUGAUUUUUAUUUUUAUUAUUAAAUGCUAUCAAACUGUGAUGCACUUAUUAUUCACUGGUCCUGCAUCAGGAGAUGAGUGGGGAACCUGUAUUAAAUACAGUUCAUCUGAAUAAUCUGUCUGGUUUAUACAAGCUGUGUUGUUCAGAGAUGUCUAAAGUUUGAUCUUUGUUUUUUUAAAGAUAAAAAGCACUUGCCCCACUGUAAAUAUAUAGCAUGUAAAAUUUAUAUAGUAUAUAAAUACAGCAAAGUUAAAAUGGA